CCGCAUUCACCUGCAGGUUGCCAUUUACAUAAUCUAUUCUUAUAGUAUUACUUGUCACAUCUCCACGAACGCGUUUCCCCGUCGUCAUACUAUAUCAGUCAAUAUGGUGUCCUUCAAAUCAGCCGUUAUCGCCGCCACGAUGGCAUUCGCCUCGUUGGCCAACGCAGGCUACUACAUCGACCCCAAGAGUGUACCUCUGUCCACAAGACAGAACUGGUGCGCUUCUGAAAUAUCGACAUGCCCCCUCAUUUGCCAGCAGACGACCAACAAGCCGACAUUGGUCAACGACUGCAACGCGGAUUCGUUGACUUAUGGUUGUCUCUGUGGUGACAACAAGCAGCCCAACAUCUCCGAGUAUACCUUAACAUUGCCCUUCUUCAUUUGCCAGGAAUUUGUCGUCCAGUGCAGAGCCAAUUGCGGCUCGGACAACACAUGUGCUUCCAACUGCGCCGAGGACAACCCCUGUGGUGCCACUGAUCCCAAGCGCUACAACUCAACUUCGACCGCUACGACAUCAACCGCUCCGGCUACUUCCACCACCGCAGGCCCUGACACCAUCUUCACCGGCACCCCUGGAAGCGGUAACAGCAACAACAACGGUAAGGGCGGCAAGUCCAUGGCAGCCCCUAUGGUUGAAAUUGGACGAGCCUAUGGACUGGCAGUUCUGCUGGGAAGCAUGUUUGUUGGGUUUGCUCUGCUAUAAGAGUAGCGCGGGGAGUUCCGAAAAGAAUCAUGCGGUCGAGCAAAUGAUAGAUGCUCAAUUCGGAUCGCCUAAUGUUUGAUUGGUUUGCUGGUUUAUUGGAGCGUGCGUCUUACAUUUACAUAUCUUUAUGCGUGCUACCGGAAGUUUUGGUCAUGGGAAUUACUUAAUACUGUUCAAUGCCUCUUUGAUACGAUAAAUUGACGUGAAUAUAUUACUUUCAAAAUUG